UACAAAAUUAAUAUAGUACCAGCCUGAUUAUUGAGAUUUUAAUUUUUUCGCCGCUAUAUUUUUGAAGUUGGCAGCAAAAGCAGGAAAUAACGUCGCCUACUUUCUUUUCGACCGACUUCGUGCUCUGCAGCCAACUUCAAACAUUCUUCUUCUUUGUUGUUUACAAAAUUUGAAUUGAAUUUGGUGGCGACUUAGAUAUACCCCGAAUUUAAUGUCUUUUCAUUAUCCAAGACGUGUUAAGGAUCUUGCUAAAUUAGAGCUUGAUUCAGACGAUGACUUCAAUACGCCACUUAAAGCCAAGCAAAACAAGGAGAGGCGUUCACAUAGCACUGCUGUCUCAAAUAAGGAAAAUGAAAAUGGACCCAAUACUUCGACAAAUUCUUUUAACAGUUUGCGUAUGGUGCCAAAGAGGCGAGCAGAGCUCCCUGCAUUAGAGUCAGACUCGGAAGAAGAGGAAUCUGCCAAGAAUGAUAAUCUUAAUUGUGCUAUAUUAAAUGACUCGUUUCUUAUGACUCCGGGAAAAAGUUAUCCCGGAGAGUCAAGUUCUAAAGAGAGUUCGAUUGUCAAGGAGAAAACUUCUGAUAAAACCAAUGAUAUGUCACUACUUUCUCAUUUCAAUAAAAUGGAUCUUAAAAGUCCCAAUAAGGAAGAAACUAAGCCAUUGCAGCAGAUUCAAGAUAACAAGGACACAGCCUGUAACGAACCUUUGGAUUCCAAUAAUGUACCACCAGCUGGAUCAUGCGUAAAAAAUUCCUCAACUAUAGAAGCCCAAUUCGCAACGCCGCAAAUACGCUCUUUUUCGAUGCAAAGAAGACCUCGUGACUUGUGUUCCACGCAAUCUCAAAAGACAAAGUCCGCUAUGGUAAACGAAUUUAGAUCACAAAAGGUCUUGUUUCAAACUCCUAUGGCUAUAACUAGAGCUCCAAUAUCCUGUCUUCCAAACGAUAGUAUUUCAUUGUCUCUGUGUGAUACUAUAAACGAAGGUGGGACACCCUCUGCAGAGAAAACUCCACAAUGCAAAUCGGAAAAAGAAAUGGGUCGUUCGAAGAAGUCAUUAGAAGUCGAUUUUUUAGAAGCAAGCAAGGAACAAGCACAGACUCAAAAUAACGACGAUUCCAAAUGCACAGCCAUUACAACCAGACAUAAGGAAACUGUAGUUCACAUCAAUAGUUCAGACUACAUAAUCCUCCAGAAACUAGGCAGUGGGGGAUCUAGCUCAGUCUAUCUUGCAAAAAGGGAGGAUAACGGAAAAGAAUGUGCAUUAAAGGUGGUCGAUUUACAUGGAGACUCGGCUGUUGUGGAAGGCUAUUUGAACGAGACCAAAUUAUUAGCCAAACUCCAAGGCAAUGCAUGCGUUGUAUCUCUGUACGAGUACCAAUUGCUUCGAAAGGAGUCAAAACUCUUCCUCGUUAUGGAAAAAGGAGAUUCUGAUUUGCAUAAAAUUUUACAAAACUAUACAACAAACUUGCCAUUGUAUGUCCUGACAAAUUUUUUGUAUCAAAUUCUGCAGGCCGUCAAUUAUAUUCAUCAAAAUGGUGUAAUACAUUCCGACCUAAAGCCAGCCAACUUUCUAAUGGUGAAUGGUCGAUUAAAACUCAUCGAUUUUGGAAUAGCCAGUAAUAUAUCAAUUGAUUCAACAAGUAUUAUAAAGUUUUCCCAAGCUGGUACUUUCAAUUAUAUAAGCCCGGAGGCAUUGACUGACACAUCCACUGGCAGCAGUCCUCGAAACCAACCAAAGAUUAAGAUAUCUACAAAAUCUGAUGUCUGGUCUUUAGGUUGUAUAUUAUAUUUGCUUCUCUAUAAGAAAACACCAUUUGGGCAUAUAAAAAAUUUGUGUGCUAAAAUAAGUGCGAUCUGCAGCCCGACACAGAAUAUUGAAUUUGGUCCAUUGCCUCCUUAUUAUCCUGCCAUGCUGGUACAUAUGGCUAAAAAUUGUUUGCAACAUAACCCAAAACAACGACCAUCAUGUGCAGAUUUACUGAAAUAUCCCUUUAAUAUGAUUAUUCCGAUUCAAAAUCUCACAUUGCCACCGAAAUAAAAAUCCUCUUAAACCUUAUUCCGGUAGACUGAGGCAAAAAUCGACAGCAUCGUAGUCGAAGGUGAAUUUCACAUUUUAUGGUAAUCCGUAACAUCUGUGCUUUCGACAGUUUGAUAUUAGAAAUUUAUUGUAGUAAAUAAUAAUGUUAAAGAAGACUUUAUACUCUUUAUACAAAUAAGUGAGACUAUUUAAGAGUGCCAGUAACUUGUAUACGUUUUCUCCAAAUUGGACAGCCAUUGCCAACCGGAAUAUGGUUGAAUAAAUAAAAUACGCCGUAGAUAUGUAUUUUAUUUUGCCGCCUUCGUAGACACACCUUAACCAUCUUUGUUAUAUCAUUAAAUGAAAGAACUGCGUUUCUAAACCAAUUGUAUUUUUGGAAAGCUAUUGUGAAAAUCUGUGUCGUAUAGUACUUUUAAGGAAUAGAACAUUAAGACCAAUAAAAAUCACAAUUAUGAUUAUUUAA